AUGUUGUCAGCCUGGAUCAAAACCCUCGGGGCUCUGCUCCUGUUGGCCACGAUGGCCCACGCCCAAUUCCAAUUCUUUGAGCACAUGUUCGGAGGCGGCGGUGGUGGAGGCGGCGGCGGCCGUCAGGGACAUCAACAGGCUUCUCAGAAUGUCCCUAGCGACAGCUCUCGGUAUCAGAAUUCAUGGGAGUCAGCCACCUGUGACAAAUAUCUCUGCCCUGGAACUCUUGCGUGCGUCCAUUUCCCGCAUCACUGCCCAUGCCCUCACGCGGACGUCGAAGAGAAGGUCGAACUCGGCGAAGGAAGCGCCGUCUGUAUCUCGAGAGGCGGAUACGAACUUGGGGAAGCGGCGCGGAAGAUCGAGCUGGCUCGGAAGGGACUUUUGUGA